AUGGUAACAAAAGGAGCAGCGAUGUCGUUCUCUCAAUUUGGAUACCCCUACAAUACCACUUCACAGUUUUUCGUGUCAGCGAGUCCCAGCGGGGCAUGUUGUGAACCAGGCUCCAGACCUGUAUCUGAAGGCUCCGCUGGCCCGGCCCAGACUGCCAUUUGCUGUCCUAACUAUGACAACAGACUGCUGGCCAACGCCAGGACCGAGAUCAACGCAGCUGCCGCGGCGCUGGGCAUGUACAGCAGCUCUCCCUAUGCAACCGCAGCCAGCCAGGGCUAUGGGAACUACCUUACAUACAGCACUGAUCCUUCAGCUCUCUACUCUUCACUGAAUUCUCAGUACGAAAUUAAAGAUGGCACUGGGAGCUUGCACUCGGGAAUUGCACCGACAGCUGCUUACUAUCCGUACGAGCACUCCUUGGGGCACUACCAAUACGACAGAUGCGGCACCGUGGACUUCAACGGCGCUACCCGACGCAAGAAUGCGACCCGAGAAACUACCAGCACCCUGAAGACUUGGCUUUACGAACACAGGAAGAACCCUUACCCCACCAAAGGCGAGAAGAUCAUGCUGGCCAUCAUCACGAAAAUGACGCUGACCCAAGUGUCCACCUGGUUUGCGAACGCCAGGAGGAGGUUGAAGAAGGAAAAUAAAAUGACCUGGUCACCCAGAAGUAAAGGAGGGGAUGACAAGAAGGAGGAUAGUGAGAGAAGGGACAGGGAGGAGCAUGGAGCGGACAGUAUGGAGAACGAUGAGAAAGAAUACAGAGAAGGCAAAGAGCUGAGACUGAGCGAUCUGGAAGAUGAUGAAUCAGAAAAACUAGAAAGUGACCAUGAAAAGCCACCAAGUGAGAUCAGGCCAAGGAGAAACUUGAUCGAGUCCGAGGGCAGUGACUGCAAUGUAUCUCUUCCAAGCAACCAGCACACUUCCUGUUCCAAAAACCGUUCUACCCUCGAGUCCGACUUUCUAGAUACGAUAACAAAUAAGCCAUCUGUUUCUAUAGCAAGCAACAGCCUCCCGCAGCGCUUUGGGACAGCGGAGAAGCCGAGGAUUUGGUCUCUGGCGCACACAGCAGCCUCCAGUUCUCUGGUGGGUUGUCAGAGUGGCCAGAGCCGGACUGCGAGGUACUGCGCGGAGGUGAGGCCAUCCCAGGGCACGGUGAACCAAGUCGAUGAUAUAAUUUCUCUCGGAGACUCUUCACAAGCAGCCCGCAUUCUGAGAACUUCUGCGUUCAACUUACAAACGCUUGUAGCGGCUGGUCAGUUACACUGCGCUUCCUACCCUGCGCUAGACAACUGCCAGUACACAUCAGGGACUGAAGGAUUUUUGAGAAACGUGAAAUCUGAUCUGGGAGCAGCAGAUAUUACGGAAACGUGUCUCCUGCGCCAGGAGGAGAGAGUGAGAGCGGCCUUCAGACCUGUGCUGAAGAGGUGAGGUUUGGUUAGUGCGGUGCGGUGUAACCGAGGGCAAUCCCGCGCAGCUCCUUCACUUUAUGCACUAGUGAUCUGACAAUACACUGGAAAUGAAACAGGAUGUGUUCUUUCCGAGCACUGGCAUUGACUUUUAAAACGGAUGCGCUUAGACUCAACCGCCGGUCAAUGAUCCUGUUUAGCAAAAUCUGAAACGUCGCUUCCAACCGUUUGUCCAUGCACGAACUUAUUCCAUAUACUUGAGGAAAAAGAGAACAUUAUUAAGAAUCAGGGGAUGCACUCGAGCUGUCGUGAUAUAUAAGACUUCUAAUGACAAUGAAACCACUUGACAUCCUGUCACACAUUGUUUUUGCCAUUUUAUAAAGUUUUACGUGCACCCCACUCUGAUACCAUUGCCCCGACGUGGUCCACUCUGGUUCAAUCACU